AUGACGAUAAGUCGUGCUGCAUCAUAUUUUAUUUCAACACCAAUUUAUUAUGUUAAUUCAAAACCACAUAUAGGUCAUCUUUAUUCAAGUUUACUAGCUGAUACUAUUGCAAGAUGGCAACGUAUAAAACAUCCGUCAAUAUCAAAACUGAUUUUCUCAACUGGAACCGAUGAACAUGGAUUGAAAAUUGAACGAGCUGCUACCGAUGCUCAUCUUACGCCGUUAGAAUUUUGUAAUCAAGUUUCAGAAACUUUUCGUAAAAUGUUUGAUCAAUUUUCCAUUGAAUAUUCAAAUUAUAUUCGAACAACCGACGAAAAACAUUGUCAAGCUGUUCGGCAUGUUUGGCAAGAACUAUCGAAACAAAAUUUGAUCUAUAAAGGUAGUUAUGAAGGAUGGUAUUCAGUUCAAGACGAAUGUUUCGUUAGCGAAGAUGAAAUAAUUAAAGAUCAAUCAGGUCAAACUAGAAUUAAAGAAACGAAUCGUCCUGUUGAAUGGACAGAAGAAAAAAAUUAUAUGUUUAAAUUAAAUCAAUUUCAUGAACGUAUUGAACAAUGGAUAAAAGAUAAAAAACCAUUAUAUCCGACUAAAUACAAUAAACUUGCAUUGAGACAAUUAUCUGAACUUACAAAACAAGGCGAUAUAUCUAUUUCACGGGAAUCAAAACGACUUUCAUGGGGUAUAAAAGUACCAAAUGAUUCAUCGCAAAUAGUCUAUGUUUGGAUUGAUGCACUUAUUAAUUAUUUAACUGUUGCUGGUUAUCCUGAUCAUACUAUUCAUUGGCCACCUAAUUGUCAAAUAAUUGGUAAAGAAAUUCUUCGUUUUCAUGCUAUCUAUUGGCCAGCAUUACUUAUGGGACUUGAUCUUGAAUUACCACGUCAAAUAGUUGUUCAUGGGCACUGGCUAAAAGAUGAUAAGAAAAUGUCGAAAAGUGUCGGCAAUGUAAUUGACCCAUGUGAUCUAUUAAUGAAACUUCAAUGUGAUGGUGUUCGUUAUUGUUUAUUACGUGAAGAUGUUCUUUCACAGGAUGCAAAUUUUAAUGAAUAUAAAAUGAAAAAAUAUUUAAAUGCUGAACUAGCAAAUACGCUUGGCAAUCUUCUUAAUCGUGUGACUUCGUCAGCAAUAAAUUCUGAAUGUAUUUAUCCUUCUCGUCCUUCACAUCCAUUGUCUUCAUCAGCAACAGAACUUCUUGAUCAAUGUAUCAAUCUACCAUUACGUGUUACAACAGCAUACGAUUUAUAUGAAUUCUAUCAUGGAAUAAUUGCAAUUAUGGAUGUCCUUCGUGCAUGUAAUGCUUAUGUUCAACAUGAACAACCUUGGUUAUUAGCUAAAUCAACGAUAGAAAAUGAUCGACAACGUUUACAAAUAUUGAUUUAUUUAACACUUGAAUGCUUGCGUAUUUGUGGUAUUCUACUACAACCAAUUGUUCCAUCAAUUAGUAAACAAUUACUUGAUGCACUUGGCAUUGAUCAGAAUAAGCGUACAUUACAUGAUUGUACUGUUCAGAUUGAACACAAAGCGAAACAUUUAAAUUUUAUGAAAAAUGAACGUAUUUCUUUGUAUCAACGUUUACCGAUUGUUGAAAAUGAGCGUGAUGAAUAA